GGCAACUUUUAUUUUUUAUAUUAACGUAGUUUAAAAUUUUAUCAAAAUUUUCAUUAAAGAAUAUCCUUUUGUUUAAAUAAAUCAUAAUAUCAUGUCUUUAUUUCAUUAAAUUACUUUAUAAAUCGAAUCAAAUUUCAACUUAAAGUUUCACCAAAUUACUAUUUUUUUCAAUUAUGUACAAUAUUAAUCUUUAUGUAAAGUUACUAUGCGUCGUUUUUAUUUAAAAAUAUUAUGUGCUACACGACAAUAAAUGAUUUAUAAAACUAUUCUACUUAUAAAAAAACAAUGAUUUUUUGAUUUAAAGUUUGUAAUAAGUAAUUUUUUUAUUUAUCGUAAUGCCUCAUCACUAUGGUCCUGGAAUUCCAAUGCAAGUGCGUCCUGAAAAAAAACUUACUAAAGAUGCAAUGGAUAGAUAUUUGCGUGACAGAAAUGAUUUAAUUUUAGUCAUUCUUCAUGCUAAAGUAGCCCAAAAGUCAUAUGGUAAUGAAAAACGAUUUUUCUGCCCACCACCUUGUGUUUAUUUAUUUGGUAAUGGAUGGCGUGUGCGACAACAACAACUUCUACAGGAUGGAAUAACUGAGAUGAAUUCACAAAUGAGUGCUUUUAUCGGAAUUGGUAGUGCAGAUCAAGAUUUACAACCUCUUGAUCUUAAUAAUAAUAAACAAUAUUGUGCAGCUAAAACAUUAUUCAUAUCAGAUUCUGAUAAACGAAAACAUUUUAUGCUUAUGGUAAGAAUGUUUUAUAAUAGUGGAUAUGAUAUUGGGACAUUUCAUAGUAAGAGAAUUAAAGUAAUAUCUAAACCUUCCAAAAAAAAACAAUCAUUGAAAAAUGCUGAUUUAUGUAUUGCUAGUGGAACUAAAGUUGCAUUAUUUAACAGACUCAGGUCACAAACAGUUAGUACACGUUAUUUGCAUGUUGAAAAUGGAACAUUUCAUGCUAGCUCUACUCAAUGGGGAGCUUUUAUUAUUUACUUAUUAGAUGAUGAUGAAAGUGAAAGUGAAGAGUUUAAUGUUAGAGAUGGUUAUAUUCAUUAUGGUAGCACAAUAAAGCUGGUAUGUAGUGUUACAGGAAUGGCUCUACCACGAUUAGUUAUUAGGAAAGUAGAUAAACAAACUGCUCUUCUUGAAGCAGAUGAUCCUGUUUCUCAACUUCAUAAAUGUGCUUUCUACAUGAAGGAUACAGAUCACAUGUAUUUGUGUUUAUCUCAAGAGCGAAUCACAAAUUUUCAAGGCACUGCAUGUCCUAAAAGUUCAAAUAAAGAAAUGAUAAAUGAUGGAGCUUGUUGGACAAUUAUUAGUACUGACAAAGCUGAAUAUCAAUUUUAUGAAGGAAUGGGACCUGUUAACUCACCUAUUACUCCAGUACCAGUAGUACAUGGUUUGAACACAAAUGGUGGAGGGGACGUUGCUAUGUUAGAAUUAAGUGGGGAAAAUUUUACCCCACAUUUACAAGUAUGGUUUGGGAAUGUCGAAUCUGAAACUAUGUUUCGUUGUCAAGAAAGUAUGAUUGCUGUAGUACCAGAUAUUUCAUCUUUCAGAGGAGAUUGGUCAUGGGUAAAACAGUUGACUCAAGUUCCCGUAUCACUCGUAAGAAAUGAUGGUAUUAUUUAUGCUACUGGUUUAACAUUCACAUAUACUCCAGAACCAGGGCCAAGGAAUCGGGUUACAUCUGCAGAUGAAAUAAUGAGAACACCAAGUUCAACUAACCAUUUUUCUUUGUCGCAUAUAAUAAGCUGAUGUUUUUGUAUUAAUUUUAUUUUAAUUAUUUAAUGAAUACUGUGUAAUGACUGACAAAUUUAUAUUGAAUUAUAUAAAAAAAAUUCUUACAAGACAAUUUUAUUUGAAAAUAAAGUUAUAUUUUCUAAAACUA